AGAAGGCCGCCACUAGCAAUAACGUGAGCUUCCUAAACUCACCAGAGAGGUCGGAGGUAUUGUUGGAAAUGCUAGGAACCCCGUGAUUCUGUCUGCCCGCCAAAGAGAGACGAAAACCCAAGUUGUGCGGUGCAGCUUUAAAGGGGCUGGUGAUUGACAGAAUGUGUAGCAGUGGAUGGGGUGGAGCCGCUGGGUGGGGUCUGGGACAGGCAGCUGGGAGAAACCAAAAGCAAGAAAAAAGAAAACCGUAGCCCCUGAAAUCGCUAAUGCCAGACGGGGGAAGCUAGCUAGAAAGGGAGGAUAGGAGGGUUUUAGAGCUCACCUCCAUUCCUACCCUGAUCAACUCUCUCAGACUCUUUUAUCUCCUUUUGAGAUAAUUAAAACCUACUGUACAACGGCCCUAGUCGGUGCCCGUUCCUAACUCCACUGAAUUAGAUUUGUAGUACCAGUGAGUGAAGACCCCGGGUCCACCACCUCAACCCCGGCCCCGCCCCAUCGGCCUGGCCCGGGGCUGGGAGCAGAGGAUGCCUUUGGAGGCGCAGAGUCCGAAAAUAUGGAUCAACUCAUAAGCAACUUGGAGGUCCAACUUAAUUCAGAAGGUGGCUCAAUGCAUAUUUUCAAACAGGUCACUGGCCCUGUUCAAAUUAGAGAUUCCCUUAAGAGAGCAGACAGAGAUAAUAUGACAUCUCCACCACUCCUGGAUGCCAACCCCAUGAAGAACCCAGCAUUGUUAAAUGACAUCAAGAUUGAGCCCCCAGAAGAACUUCUGGCGAAUGAUUUCAACCUGCCCCAGGUGGAACCAGUUGACCUCUCUUUUCACAAGCCAAAGGCUCCUCUCCAGCCUGCCAGUAUGCUGCAAUCUCCAAUACGUCCUCCCAAGCCACAGCCUGCUUCCCAGACUCUUGUAGUGUCCACUUCAACAUCAGACACAGGCAGUUCAGCAAGCAUCCGUACUGUUCUGACUCCAGGCUCUAUCCUGGCCUCAUCUCAGGGCACUGGUGGCCAUCAGAUCUUACAUGUGAUUCACACCAUCCCCUCAGUCAAUCUGCCAAAUAAGAUGGGUAGCCUGAAAGCCAUCCCGGUGGUGGUGCAGUCGCUGCCCAUGGUGUAUACUACUUUGCCUGCAGAUGGGAACCCUGCAGCCAUUACAGUCCCAUUAAUUGGAGGAGAUGGCAAAAAUGUUGGAUCAGUGAAAGUUGAACCCACAUCUAUAUCUCCACUGGAGAUCCCAAGUGACAAUGAAGAGAAUGCAAUUGAGAGUGGAUCCUUACAGGGUAUUCAAGGACUACAGCAAGAACCAGCAGCAAUGACACAAAUGCAAGAAGAGUCCCUUGACUUGAAGAGAAGACGGAUUCACCAAUGUGACUUUGCAGGAUGCAGCAAAGUGUACACCAAAAGCUCUCACCUGAAAGCCCACCGCAGAAUCCAUACAGGAGAGAAGCCUUAUAAAUGCACUUGGGAUGGUUGCUCUUGGAAAUUUGCUCGCUCGGAUGAGCUCACCCGCCAUUUCCGCAAGCACACAGGCAUCAAGCCUUUCCGGUGCACAGACUGCAAUCGUAGCUUUUCUCGCUCUGACCACCUGUCUCUGCACCGCCGGCGCCAUGACACCGCGUAAGCGGUACAGACUGCACUAGAAGAGCUGCACUGGUCUCUUUCGUGCACACGCCCGUGUUCUAUAAGAUCAUGAUCAUCUUUUCCUCUUUGACUCAGCUUGCCUGUGGGAUGGGAUACAGCUCACUGACCCAGACUGAUGAGAUUGGAGGAAAAGAUAGCUGAUCUUUCGUGAAGACUCCUUAUAUUCCAUCUUCAUUUCUUCCUUGUCUCAUCCCCAAUUUUUUUCAACCUCCACAUGGGUUGAAUUCCAGUGCGGCACCCAUGGUUGCCCCCUCCCCUGCCCGUUAUGAGAUAGGACAUUCUUCCUACAAUAAGAACACAGGAAUCAAAUUCAAGGCUGUGAACAAACAUAUGCUGCUUUUUUUUUUAUUUUUCUCUUGUUUUAUAGAAUUCUUAUCCAUAUUUUUGAAUCAAUAUAUCAAUGUGGUUGGUAGUGUACUAAAAUGACUUUUUUCAAGUUCCCAGGCAAAAGAGGGCAUAACAUUGUAGUUGGUUGAUAAGAUUUACAGGUAUUUGGGUCCUGAGUAUAGGGCACAUUCUUGGUGAAUAAACUGAGUCCCAUACCAAACUCAAAGAUUGUGUAAAACCAUUCCUAUUUGUUCUUACAUUGUGGUUUUCAGACAGUGCUGGUGCUUCUUGCUUCUUUAGUCCAUCAAAGGGAAAUAAAGGAUCUUCUUGUCCUCCUUUUCAUCCUCUUCUUCCUCCUCCUCCUUCAGGAUUAAAGAUUUUUCUACACAGUUACAUUCUUUGUUAUGUUAAACUUGGAUAAAAUUUUCAAAGCACACACUAACAUGCCAGUAUGGAAAAAAAAAAAUGUUUCAGGAGAGUCAAUUGGGCAGUGAUAGGAGCAAGUAGACCCAAGAUGAUCCUGUAAACAAAUAGAGGGGGACUUUCCUUUGUAUAGGAUAUCAAAAGUGCUGUAAUCACAAGCGUCAUUCAAAUGACAAUCUGUUGAGACAGUGUCUUGAGGUGAUAGCUGUACUGUUUAUUCUUCUGUUUACAUAAAGCUACUGUUUUGAACAUACUGCAUGAUGAAAAAAUGACACACUGGGGCCAUGUUACGCAGAGGUGAGAGGUUAGAAGAGAAAAUGUGUUAAUUCCAUGGUUAUUAACAUGCAUUCCUGUAUGUUUCAAAUGGAAUAUAAGAAGAUUUUAGUGAAAAGUAUUAAUAGCAAACAGAAAGCAAUUUGGUGUUCUACAACUGCUGUGAACAUCUAAGACAUUUCUUUUAUCCAUUAUAGCAAGUUGCUUAAUAUACACAUUUGGUUACCUAAUCAGACUGGUUUAUCAUAAUGUCUGGGACAUAAAACCCUCUGUUCCAGGCGCUGGACCUCAGAUCUACCUCCACAUGGCAAAUGUCCUCUCCCAGGGUUGGGGAGGGGAGCUUUUAAUCACUUAAUUGUGGACACAGCUUCUCUCCUGGAAAAUAUUCUCUUCAUAUGGUAUCCCCUUUUCCUUGGCAGAUAUUUAACCAGUCUCUCUUGAAUACUUUAGGCUACCUUCCAAGGCCAUUUAUUCUGACUAAAUUAUAGAAUUCUAGUACCAAGAAGGGAUCCUAUCAACUAUAUAGUCCUACCCAUCAUUAAUAUUUUGCAGAUGAGACAAAUAUGGGUCAGAUUUCUUCCCAAGAUGUUUCUUUGAGGUUUAUAGACCUGCACACUCAUUCUCCCAGGGAUCACAUUAUUAAACCAACUUUUAAAAAAAUUACAUGAUUGGUUGCAGUAUUUGUCUUAUUUUAUAUGUUAUGCUUCAGAAAAAUUUAAACCACUUACAGAAUAAUUUACAGUUGACUAAAUGGUAAGUAAAAUGUGCUUAUGGUCAUUGAUAUAUAACAUUAGGCACACAAUUUUUUUUCCAUUUUUAACACUUUCUAUAAUAUCUCAGGUUUGAUUUAUCUCAUUUCAAGGUACAGUGUCUUUCCAGAUCAUAAAUCUUCAUAAAUUCAAGGACUACCUGUAUUUUUCAAAAUGAUAUGUAGAUUUUUACUAUUUUACCCUUGUUAUUUUGACAUAGGUUUUACCUUAACUUUUGGUUGCAAGUUCCACAUUACAGACUAAUUGUUAAAGCAUAGGGAGUAUCUCCCUAUGCAGCUGUAAGACAGGUUGUUAAAGGUGAAACUUAUGUUGUUAAAGUUACCAUCAUACAUAAGUUAAGCUUAUAAUUGAGUAGUUGAUAUGGUAUUUCACAGUGGAAUCCAAAGACAUACUCUUUUUCUCCAGAGUUUGGAUUUGAGACUUCUUUUUCAGAGUUCAUAACUGACCUGUGCCCCUCAGACCUCAAAAUCUUUUGCAUUGGAGCAUAUGAUCUAUUUAUAAAUAAAGACUAUGUUCAAAUCCUACUAAGUAGGAUAUUUAAAUUAGGAUCCCAAAUAUUGGUAUCCCUGACAUCUUUAAGCUUUUAUUCAAAUUUUCCCUGCAAAGUAAUGAGGGACUUUAUUAAUGAUUUAUUAAUUGUCUAUGGCCAGGAAAAUAUUCUAAUCCUAUUUUCAUUGUCCUCUUCCCUACAAAUAAUGAUAAAAUCUUUACAAAUUAUUUAUAUAUUCUUUAGGAAAUAUGUCAAAAUUCAUUAAGAAUAUUUCAUGGAGUACAGGUACUCAAAUACAAUAUAGUGCUGUACCACACCAAGAACACAUAGAACUUUGCUAAAUAAAUGUGGAAAAGAACUGUCUCUCAAAGGUAGCAUUUGGAAUUUAUUGUAUUUACUGUGCUCACACCAGCAAACCACCAUUAUGUGGAUGGUUGCCUAUGGCAUAGAAAAUGGUUUUGUUCAAUAGGGUUGAAUAAUAUCUUGGAAUUUGUUGCAGUGGAAUUCGUCCAUUUGUAGAUGAUUGGCAGUUGACCAUUACUAUUGAUAAUUAUUAUUGGAAAAUUCAGGAAAAAUAUGAAGAAUAUGAACAGCUGAGUACAUUAGGUAGAGUGAAUUAUGUAUGGGCAAGACAGAAAGGUUUGCAAGAAUAAUUUCUUCUUAAAUAAACUUUUAAUUUUAAAACAGUUUUAGAUUUAUAGAAAAAUUGUGACAAUUGUACAGUUUCCCUAUACCUCAAGCCCAGUUUUCCCUAUUAUUAGCAUCUUUCAUUAGAGUGAUAUAUUUGUUGCAAUUAAUGAAGUAAUGAUGAUACAUUACUAUUAACUAAAAUCUAAACUUUAUUCAGAUUUUCUUAGCUUUUACUUAAUAUCAUUUUUCUGUUCCAGCAUCCAUUCAGGAUACCACAUCUCAUUUAGUAGUCAUAGUUCCUUAGGCUUCUUUGGGUUGUGACAAUUUCUCAGACUCUCCUUGUUUCCUAUGACCUUGACAGUUUUGAGGAGCCCCUCAACUAAUAUCUAAUUAUUUUUCACGAUUAAACGGAGCUUACAGGUUUGGAGAAUGAAGAUCACAAAGUUGAACUGCCAUUUUCUAUACAUAUUAACAUGACGUAUACUCUUGAUGUUAAUCUUGAUCAUCUGGCUGAGAUACUGUUUGUCAGGUUUCUCCUCUGUCCCACCUUACAUACUGUACCCUUUGGAAGGAAAUCACAAUGUACAGUCUACACUUAAGGAGUGGUUAGCUAUGCACUACAUCAUUGAGGGUGAGUAUCUACAUAAUUAUUGGGAAUUCUGCAUAGGAGAUUUGUCUCUUCUCCCUCAUUUAUUUAUUUAUUCAAUCAUUUAUUGGUAGGUAUCACUAUGGACUCAUGGAUAUUUAUUUUGUACUUUGGGUUAUAAUCCAAUACAACUUAUUUUGUUUCUCAAAUAGUUCCAGCUUUGACCAUUGGGCACUCUUUUGGCUUGACUUUCAUGUACUUUGGACAUACCCCAUCAUUUUUUUUAGGACACCUUUAUUUUGUAGCACUACAAGAUGCUCCAAGCUCAUCUUGUAUUUCUUUUUUUUACCCCCAAUCCUAUAAUCAACCAUUUCUUUAAUGAGUCCUGGUUUCUGUUAAUGGAAAAUUAUGUUAGAAAUCAAGAUCUGGGCAUUAGGUAUGCUUAUUGCUACAGUUGUCUUGUUGCCUCUAGGUCAUUUCAGCUGAUAGAGCAAGGAAAUAUAUGCAUAUAUACUAACCCAUGUAUAUCUAUAUAUACAUACAUGUAUCUAUAGAUAGUUCUGUAUGUAAUCAUCCAUAUCUUUAUUAACCUAAACAUGAGUUCAUACUGAUGUAUCCAACUCCAAUCCAUUAUCACAUGGAUCAUCUUACCCUUUGUUUACUAUUAAUUUAACCUUUGUUUACUCUGACCUUCCACUCCAACAGUGAGAAACCUGGCUCCCACACUUUGCCAUCUACUUACUUAAUUGCUCAGUUCCAGAGUACCUGUAUAGUGGUAUCUGAAUUGUUUACUUCUAUAACUGUGGAAACACCUAGAGCACAGUGCUCAUGUACAUGAUAGUAACAUUUUUAGAACUCCAAUAGCUCUUUGAAACAAAGUGAUCUGCAAAAUUCAGGAAUUAGUGAUUUCUAUGACCUGAGUUCCAGGAACUUGGGGUGUAUCCUUCUCUCAAAACUUUUUUUUUUUUAAGAACCAGAUCAUUUGGAAUUGACCUAAUCUUUAAUAAGCCAAGGGAAAUUAUUGAUCUUCCAUAGUGUACCAAUACCUAUAUAGAAGUAUGUACACUGAAGAAAGUGGAUGUGCCCAAUUUAAAGAAACAUUUAGCACUAUCUUUUCUCACUGAAAAAUAUGGCUCUCUGACAAUAGAGGUGCUACCCUGUUAUCUCUCUUCCACAUUUUCUCAUCUCUCACUUUAUUGACCUUAGGCAAGUCACAUCACCUUUUUGUGCCACACUUAACCCAUCUGUAAAAUGGGGAUCCAAAUAUCUACCUCACAGGAAUGUUGUGAGGAUUAUCACUAAUGGAUGUUGGCAAAAAUGACAAGUGAUACUUAGAUGAACAACAAAGUAUUAUGAUUACCACUAUGAUAAUUAUAGUACUCUAUAUUUACCCUAGAAGAAGGAGAGGAUUAAGCUUUCUGGAUGAUAAAGAGCUAAAUUUGAGUCAACAGCAAGGAUAAUUGAAGAGUGGUCACUGGAAGCAAUAUUAUCUCUUUCUCUCAAUUUCCCUACAUUCUACUCAUUGCUAACUAUAGGAUUCUCACCUGUUUCUAUACUCAAAGCAUAUUAGGGUCUAAAGGAAUUAAGUAGGCCAAAUCCAUUGCUUUAAAAUCUGUUUUCUUCCCCUACCCUCACUCUGUCUGGACCACAUUGUAUGUCACCCUGUCAGAAGUACAGAGGAAAUUUACCACAACUUUUCAAACCUUGGCCAGUCCAGCUUCAUCAGUUACAUUUUAUCUUUCCACACUUACUAUAUUAUGAACAGUAUAGGUAGAAGGGAAAUGGGGUGGGGUGGUUGGGCUAGGAGUGGAAUGGAAGAGGAUAGAAUUUUCACUAGUGACAGGAUAUUUCUUUGAUUCUCAAAUACUGGUUUUACCUCCCAUUUCUUUUCUGGUGGAGUGUCGGAGACAGGGGGAGAGAUAGUAUCUUAUUAAGAAGCUCUCCUUCCUUUCUGUAGAUGUUUCCCAGGAUCAGUACAGAUAGUUGUUUUGGACAUUAUAACUGUUGUAUGUGUGCUGUUUUCAUUGUAUUUCUGAAUAAACAGAGGAAGAGACUCCCUAGUGGUUUUCAUCUUUGUUUUUUUGACAGGAGACACAGUAGGUGAACAGUGCCAGAAAUUGACUCUUCAUUUUUUUGUUGAGGAAAGGAGCCUGCAGUGAAAUGACUGGUGUUUUUUUUUUUGUCAUUUUUAUUUAAAGAAAUUAUAGAACAGUAUGUUAUUAAGCUUUAGUCUUUAUAACUCCUAUAUCUGGGCCUCAUUAUUUCAGUGAUUUAGAGCAACACUCUGUUUUUUCCCUCUAUUUUAUACUAGUUCUUGUUACAGAGGCAUGGCUUUGAGCCUAGGAUCAUGAGCAAUCUCAUACACAAGUUUGUUAGACCCCUGGAAAUACUAAAAAACUGCCUCAGUUAGCAUGGUCACUUGGAGAUUACUCUGUUUUAACCCAAUGGGACUUUUCCUCUGUGGCAUCCAGGCAGGGUGUAUGCUUGGGAAAUAAGCAAUCUUGUUAUGUUUGAUUAUUGUACUUUUAUAAUUAAUAAAUUUUUUAAGCU